GCCCACCCUCCUCGUCUCCGCGGCCAGGGUUUUCCAGCCCGCACAGCAGCCGCCGCCGCCCCUGCCUCGCAGUGCCAAGGCUGGGCGAAAGGCUCCGGGCGUUGCGUGCUCUCCAGCCAGCGGCCUCGCCAUGACGGCGUCCAUGAGGCAGCGGUUUGAUAAGUUUCUCCACGAGAAGAACUGCAUGACCAGCCUGCUGGAGAAAAUCGAGACCAAGACGGGGGUGAACCGAUCCUACAUCGCCAUCGCUAUCAUUGGCGUGCUGGCCGUGUACCUGGUGAUCGGCUAUGGAGCAUCUCUGCUGUGCAACCUGAUCGGAUUUGCUUAUCCUGCCUACAUCUCAAUCAAGGCUAUUGAAAGCCCCAACAAAGAUGAUGACACCCAGUGGCUGACCUACUGGGUUGUGUAUGGCAUCUUCAGCAUAGCAGAAUUCUUCUCGGAUAUCUUUCUGUCCUGGUUCCCUUUCUACUACAUGCUGAAGUGUGGCUUUCUCCUGUGGUGCAUGGCUCCAAGCCCUUCCAAUGGAGCAGAGCUUCUCUACCACCGAAUUAUCCGCCCUUUUUUCUUGAAGCACGAGGCUCAGUUGGACAGUGUUGUGAAGGAUCUGAAAGACAAAGCUGCAGAGACUGCAGAUGUCAUUACUAAAGAAGCCAAGAAAGCUACAGUGAACUUACUUGGUGAUGAGAAGAAGGGCAUUUAAACUGUUAGCAGGAUGAAGAAAGUUCCUCGCCCCCCCCACUCCUUUAUACAGCUCGAUGUUACUGGGGACUGUGGUAUAAUAAUUUUAAUAAUAAUGUUGCCUUGGAAACAUUUUUGAUAUAUUAAAGGAAUGUGUUGUAAUUUUGCUUACUUUUAUGUUGUCUAUAUAGAAAGUAAGCACUUCUAUUUAAAUGCAGUGCAAUGGGCAGCAUCUAAAGCUUAUUGAAAACUUAUCUUAUUCAUCUCCAUGCAGGGGAAAGACCUUUCAGUAGUGUCUCAUCCUGCCGUGAACACAAACUUAAAUAAAAUUAUAUCUGUAUCCCACAGGCUCUGCACUUCACAGUUUGUUUCUUUGUGCAUGCAUUCUCUGUAUUUACAGUUGUUAACAUUUGACUGGUUCUUCCUGUAACGUAUCAUUUUUGUAUGCAUAUGUUUGCAUAUAUAGGAAAUAAAGUAUCAGAGGGAAGUGGCUUAA